AAAGACCUAUUACUACCUAUUGUAUACCUACAGAUAUCGAUCCUUUUUUACCAAGCAGUGGAAAAACUGUAAAUAAUGCUUUCGAUUUUAUAAAAAAAUAUGAUAUCGAAUUAUGGACACCCACCAAUUAUUAUAUUUGGAAAUUGUCUGUUGGUUUUGAGAUGACGAACAAUAAAAUACAAGAAUUUCAAGAAUUUAAAAACUUAAUUGAAUCAGUUAAGGAAAAUAACAACAAUAAAGACUUGUCAAAAUUAUAUGAU